CUAGUGCAGGAGAGAGGAGCGAGCAGGCGGAGGAGGAGGAAGGGGAAAAAAAAGUUCAAGUAAAAAAUGGCUUCCUUGUCUCUGGAGUCCACAGAACAAUCCGACAAUAGCGCAGAGGAGCCCACCGCCGCGGAGGACGAGAAAGACGCGGACCAAGUGGCCGAACGCUUGCUUCAAACUUUCCAGCUCUCCGCGGUGAGUUUUUCCACGGAGCAGGUUUCGUGUCUGUGCGAGGCCCUCCUGCAGGCGGGCAAUGUGGAUCGCCUGUGGAGAUUCCUCUCUACCAUCCAUCCCUCGUCCGAGCUGCUACGUGGCAACGAGACCCUGCUCAAGGCCCAGGCUCUGGUGGCGUUCCACAGGGAACACUUUAAGGAGCUAUACGCGUUGCUGGAGAGCCACGACUUCCAGCCGUCCAACCACGUCUUCCUGCAGGACCUCUACCUGAGAGCCCGCUACAAGGAGGCAGAGAGGUCCCGCGGCCGCAGCCUAGGCGCCGUGGACAAGUACCGACUCAGGAAAAAGUUUCCACUGCCAAAGACCAUCUGGGACGGCGAAGAGACGGUCUACUGCUUCAAGGAGAAGUCUCGCAACGCCCUGAAGGAGUGCUACAAAAGCAACAGGUAUCCCACUCCGGACGAGAAGAAGAACCUGGCCAAAGUCACCGGGUUGUCCCUGACGCAGGUCAGCAACUGGUUCAAGAACCGGCGGCAGAGGGACAGAACCCCGCCUGGGACGCACUGCAAGAGUGAGUCUGAUGGAAACCACAGCAGUGAGGAUGAGGCAAGCGCUAUGGAUGAAACCCCAGACAAAGCGGAGGAGCCCGCCGCCGGCGCCGCCGCCAAGGCCUCAGUCAUCUCGCUCUCAGCGGUCAACUGCACCUCGGCAGGUCAGCUGAUCGUCAACGGCUCUGGCGGCUUCCUCACAGCUUCCCAACCGAUACUGUUCAAUGGAAAUUCCCUCAUCUCCGGUACCGGCGCUGGUGUCAUCAUCAACGGGCUGAGCUUGGGAGAUGGCCAGAAAGUCACCCUGAGUCAAGUAGCCAGCUCCCCUUUGAUAGUAAACGGGGCUCAGGUUCUAGCCAAACCAGACGGUCCGCAGCAAGCGGUGUCCUUGGUAGAUCAGCAGGUUUUGCCCCUAGUCACCAAAGCAAACAGUCUUCCAGCAGUUGUCCUUAACAGUCACGCUUCACCGGUCUCCAACCCAACAUCAGUCAUCACUCUUCCCGCGCAAUCCAAGAGUCAAAGUAGUGCGAUGGAUUUUAUCGCCGUGCCAGAAGACAUGAUAAAACAAGAAAGUAGUGAGCCAGCUUGCUCCUCUUCGUCACCUUCACCGCCAACCAGCCUUCCUUCGCUGGUUCUUGCACAAACCCCCCAGUGCCAGGAGGCCUUGCCCAUCACUAGCUCUGCCUUGCCCCUCUCAAGUCAGCAAGGAGAAUAUAUCGUCUUUGCCAGUUCAGCCUCUCAGAUAAACCCUUCGAGCUCACUGGUCAACUCCAGUAACUCAACCCCUCAGGUGUUCUCCUUGCCCCAGGUUGUGCCUUCCAUUCAGGGUAUACCGGUAUCCCAGUUGGUUCAGCACUCCUCCAUAGCACAGAUGCCCCAACGUCCUCAGCUAGUCCCAGUUUCCUCUCUCACGUCACCAGCAAUCAACUUCCAAGGCUUUCCCACAAUGACCAGGCAGCUGGAUGCUUCUACACCCUUAGCUGAUGGUUCCACAACCAUCGUGUCAAUCUCACAGGUACCUAGUACUCCUCUCCCACAAGUGACCCGGCAACUUGGGGCCCAAACCAUCAACUCCUCCCCCACGAAGCUCCAGUCGCCACAGGUCAUUUCUAUCUCCUCCCCAACACAAGUGGUUCCAGUACCGCAGGCAAAAUCCACUGCACCAGCCAAGUUAGUCCCCCUAUCCGUCCCCCAGCUGGUGCCGGUCUCAUCCAUCCAGACAUCUUCCACCAUCUCGUUCCCCCAGGUGGUUCCUGCCAGUCCCUCUCUGUCCAUGCCCUCAGCCGGAGUGCCUAUGCAGAUCCUGGCUUCAGCGCAUGGUGGAAUCAAUCAAACUCCUCUCAGGCUAAACCAACUGAGACCGAUUCAGAGUGUGGGCCCACCAACCAACGUGAAUCCUGGUAUGCAUCUGCUCAAUUCUGGGAUCAUUCAGCUACCUUCUGCACCUCAAGGUAACCUUCUUCUGAGUGGAAGCCCUUACUUGAGUGUCCAGCAAGGGAAGCUGAUUCUGACCAUCCCGGCUGGCUUUCAACUUACUAGUUUGCCUUUGAAACCAGUUCCUGACCCUUCCCCCCUUCCAGCCAAUGGUAUGAACCUUGGUCUAACAGCAUCAAACAUCCCUGUAACGUCCCAGCUUUCAAGCACCCCCGAUCAGCCCACCAACAUCCUCGCAACGUCUCCUCUGAACUUCCUCAAUCCGCCCACCCCGUACUACACCACAGAGAGUGGAAGUGCAGCCACCCAGACGUCCACAGUUUCCUCUUCGACCACGCUAGACCCAUCAGUCGCCCCUACCACGCCAAAUGCUCUCUCGCCGGAGAGCAUGCUUACCCUCAGUCCCAUGUACGGAGGGGGGGUGACGACUAACAUGCAGUUGUCCCAGCCGGCCUGGAGCCCGCUACCUCUUUCUGCCUCAGCCGGUCUGACUCUCUUUGAUGGACGAGGGAAGGGGGACCUAGCUGUUGAUCCAGCUCUGUUGGGUCUACCGGGUGGGGAGGCGCUGCUUCUGGGGAGCACGUCUCCGGAGCAGGACACCAGCUCCCCACUAGGGCAUACCGAAGAGAUGGACGGGGAGACCAAGAUUCUGACUCAGCUUCAGUCGGUCCCUGUGGAUGAUGAUCUGGGCUUGUAGACAUGUUUACCGACCACGUCUGGAAAAAAAACGAUCACACCACCGAAAAAACAAUCAAAUGGUGCCUUGCUAGUUUAUCUUGACCUGUUCACUCUUGUACAACCAUCGCAGCCUCAGCUGGCACCUCAGCUUUAAUGGACAACAUGGGACAUCCAUCCAUCCAUCAGUUUUCUACCGCUUAGCCUUUUCUAGAAAGUCGGAGUGUGUCCCAGAUGACUUUGAGCUAAAGACCACACCCUGGAUUGACCACCAAUCACUGACUGGGCACCUAAAGACAAUCAUUCACACUUGUAUGCGCCUACAGUCUGCGAGUGAGCUUGAAAGCAAUCCAACACCAGCUACACCAAAAUCGACAUCCUACUAUUGAUAGAAAAUUGUAGAGUUUCAAGAGUAGUGGUGCUUUUCAAAGUGUGAGGUACUGGUAAUGCACCACAAGUACGUCAACCGACACUAGGUUCGCAUGCGGCUUCCUUAGGCCACAAAACAAACAACCUACAGGAUAUUUUGUACGUAAUGUAACACGGGAUUCUAGUUUACAUUCACUUCUGUAUCAUUUUAACAAAUCAAAUAUUUGCAAGGACGUCUUGCAAUUUCAAGGAAAAUAAUUUCUCAAACUGACAUUUGAAAAUUUAGCAGAUUGAUACCUCAAUGAUUGUCCGUCUCAACCUUGUUAGGCAGCUUUUCUGGGUCAUAUUUUCUGGAAUAUUCUUGUCCAUUUUAAGAACGCAAAAAAAAAAGAAGCAAAUAAGAGAUUUCCAAAUACUUUAUAUACAUUUUUUAGAUUUCUCAAGCUGCUGCGCCUUCCGGAGUUUUUUGGCAUCUCACACUUUGAAUAGCUCUGUUAAACCAAACUGCAUCCAGAUUGAAUUAAUGGCCGUUGUGCAAGGAAUGAGUACGACCGCAUUUGUUCUUGCAGCUGGUUCAAAUGUUUCGCUACACUUGCACUGUGGAUGUGUGUGGUGGCUUUUUGUUGGCAGUGCAGUCGUCGGUCAUAGUUUUGGAGGGAACACAGUCAACUAUUCAGCAGACCAUCUGGGAAGGGCACAGGUCUUGAAAUAGUUGGGUGUUGGCUGACUUAUCCAAAAAUGCUUAUUUUUGUUUUUAUUGUUUAUAAUGUACUACCAAGGAGUCCAGAUUUUUAUGUGACACAAUAUGUACGUUUGUAAAGCUUCCAGGGACAUCCAGUUGUAUUUUAUGAGCUGUAUUUACCACUUGAAUAACACGACUGCCCUUUUUUUAACAUCAACUAUGCAAUUUUUAUACUUCUAGGACACUAAAGUGUCUCAAGUUGGUAAAAACGUAGGAGCGCAACGAAAGCUUUACCUUUCUCAACUUGACAUCCUGAUGCUGCGUGACACUAAAACACAACAAAAAGUGCCUUAUAUUAAAGCUUAUACGUUUUGAAUCAAAUGUUUUUAGAUGUCUGCAACCGAACGAGACUCGCGUUGGAAUAGUCGUCUGUGUGGUUUUCAUUUUCCGGUUAAAAAAAUACGUUGAUGUGUUUUUGUAUAUUUUGCACAUUGCAUUCAUACAAUGUUUACGCCGUUGCUACAACAGUAUUUGGACACAAGACCUUAAAAUUGUGGAAAAAAUUCCAUAAUUCAAGUCUGAAAUGGUCUUGUGGACCUUCCACUGUCAGCGGUGAAACAUUUUGGCCAUUAAUGGUACACACACACUUUUUAAAGUCUUUGUCGUUACAUUAUGGCCAUUUUUGUGGCAACAUACAAUGGCCAUAAAAGGUCUACACACCCCUGUUCAAAUGUGUUUUUUGUGAUUCAUUCUGAAAUUCAAUGUGACCUACACAACACGACCAUUUUUAAAAAUCUUUUCAAAAAGGGGUAAAUAAAAAUAACUGGGAUGUGGUUGUAAAAGUGUGCACACCCUCUUAACAGGUUGUGGCUGUGUUUAGAAAUAACCGAUCGCAUUCACAUUCUUGUUAAAUUGGAUUAACCACAAAUUUCUGAUGUUCUAUGAUUUCCCCAACACCCACAGAUUAUUAUUAUUAUUGUCGAUGAAAACAGGCCACGUUAAUAGUGUUAAAAUGUUAAUGAUGAAAAACGGGCAUUUGAGCAGGGGUGUGUAGACUUUCUAUACAAGUCUGUUUUGUUUGUACAUUUAAACCAAAACUCAUCUUGUCCAUUGGUGUUUCGCGUUUUAUUUGAAGAAAAAAGAAAAUGACAUUCAUUUUCAUCAGUUGUUCAAAUAAAUGUUUUAAGCGGUCGCCACAGAUGGACAGAUCAUUUGUAUUAAGCAUUUAAAUAACAGAGGGAUAAAGGGAAAUAUGAAUUUGUAUGUCAAAUAUGUUUUGUCUGGUGCAUGAGCCAUCUCUAACUAAAAUCACAUCAAUACAACAAGCCUGUUUGGGCAAAUGCACAAUUGUAUGUUUGGGAGUUUUAGCUUUCCUACCGGACACACACACACACACACACACACAAAGAACUCCAGCAUUCACCAAAGAUAAUGUAUUGACUAUUUGAUAGUGUUUGAAAAGGGAUCACUUGUUUUGUUUUCUCCUCUUUUGUAUUAAAUGCAUUCUAUUUUUUAUAUUACACGCCGAUGUAAUAAAGUACAUUUAUAUGA